AUGUUAUCUUCACGUGAGGCUCGGAUCACUGGACUCUUGUCUACACUACGCCAGAACACUCAUGAUGGGGAUUCUCCAGAUUGCGAUGUUGCUUCUUCUUCUGAUGAAUCGGUUCUCUUUAUUGUGUUUACUUGCUUUGUUCAUUUCUGCUAUUAUAUGGGAGUGAUGCCUUUGGAUAAUGAAGGGUACGAUCAAUGGAUAUGGCAUGGUGAAAGCUUACCUUCUAGUACAAGUGGUAGUAGGAAUGAAGCUCAUGUUAAUAGUGAAACUCAUGUACAGAAUGAAACUCAAACAAAUAGUCAAACUCAGGCAGAUAACAAGGAGAAUGAUGAAACUCAUGAAAGCAAUGAGGAGGAUGAUAAAAUUAAUAACCGAAUAGAUGAAAUGAUGCGUGAUAUGCAAGGAGAUUUUAGUGAAAUGCCUCAUGAAUUUAAAUGUUUGUUUGACAAUGCUGAAAAACCGUUGUUCUCUAGGUGUACCAAAUAUACGAAGUUAACUGGUGUGCUUAAAUUAUAUAAUUUAAAAGCAAAGAAUGGAUGGAGCGAUAAGAGUUUCACGGGAUUAUUAGAAUUACUAAAAGACAUGCUUCCUAGUGAUAAUGAACUUCCAAAUUCAACCUACGAAGCAAAGAAGUUGUGUCCGUUGGGUAUGGACAUUGAGAGGAUACAUGCAUGUCCAAAUGAUUGUAUACUGUAUUGGAAAGAAUACAAAGACUUGCUUGUGUGUCCAAAGUGUGGGUCCACACGUUAUAAAAGGAAAAAUGUUGGUGUGCGUGAUGAUAAGAAAGGCCCACCAGCGAAAGUAUUAUGGUAUUUACCUGUAAUACCAAGAUUUAAACGCAUGUUUGCUAAUCCAAAGGAGGCAAAAAAUUUGCAAUGGCAUGCUAUUGGGAGAAAAGACGAUGGAAAACUAAGACAUCCAACCGAUUCACCACAAUGGAGGAAUAUUGAUAGGAGGUGGCCUGAAUUUGGUACUGAAAAUAGGAAUCUUAGACUUGGAUUGUGUACUGAUGGAAUGAACCCCCAUGGUAACAUGAGCAGUCGACAUAGUACUUGGCUUGUCCUAUUAGUAGUCUAUAAUCUUCCACCUUGGUUGUGUAUGAAGCGAAAAUACAUCAUGUUGUCGUUGUUAAUAUCAGGACCUAAGCAACCGGGAAAUGACAUAGAUGUAUAUCUAGCGCCACUUAUUGAAGAUUUAAAGAUGUGGAAUGAAGGUGUGUCGGUGUAUGAUGUUUAUAGUCGAAGCAAUUUUACCUUACGUGCAACGAUCUUUUGCACCAUAAAUGAUUUUCCAGCUUAUGGUAACCUAUCAGGUUAUACUUGUAAAGGAGCUAAGGCAUGUCCCAUUUGUCAAGAUGAAACUCCUGAUCUAUGGUUGAGUAACAGUAAAAAGAAUGUGUUCAUGAGUCAUAAGACAUUUCUCCCAGUUGGUCAUCCUUAUCGCAAGAAGAAACAAGCUUUUAAUGGAGAAUCAGAGACUCGAGUAGCUCAUUUGCCUUUAUCUGGACAUGCAAUUCAUGAACGUGUUAAUAUUGUUGAUGUUGCUUUUGGCAAAGCUUGUAAGACUACUCAGAAGACUCUCUGGAAGAAGAGGUCUAUAUUUUGGGAUCUAACAUAUUGGGAGCAUUUAGGAGUUAGACAUUGUCUUGAUGUGAUGCAUAUUGAGAAGAAUGUGUGUGAAAGCAUUAUUGGAAAAUUGUUGAACAUUCAAGGAAAGACAAAAGAUGGUAUUAAAGCUAGAAAGGAUAUGGUUGAAAUGGGAAUACGGGAGAAGUUAACACCAUAA